AUGUACAAGGUAUUCUGAAAGCCAUAUAAAAUGAAAGUUAAACUGCAUGGAUGCUUAAAUAAAGGAGAAGAAGAGGCUCGGGAAAGAAGUGACAUCUUCCAUCCUGAACCAUAAACGCGUAAAGAGAGAAGGGCAGAGAAGAGAGAAAAAAAGAAGAAGAAAUGGCGAAAGAGAAAGGACUUGGGUCCAGUUUCAGAGAGAGGAGAAAGAAGCAAGAACCUUGCGCGGUGACCUUGACUGCGCGAGUUCCGCAUUGCUGGAGCGCGAAGGGUCUUCCGAAGGGAAGAAGGGCGAAGGAGAGAGGUCGACCUUCAACUUGAUCGUGACCGCUCCGGGACACACAGCUUUUUCGUGUUUCUUGCAGGGACUCGGUCAGGAUGUUCUCAUGGGGACCAAAGAAGAAGAAUGGGGCAACGCGUUGAACGUGCGUGACAAAUCGUCGAUGGGAGUGGUGUUGAGGGAUCGUUUGAUGACGGAUGCCGCCCUCGGUGGUCCACGGCCGAUCAAGUCCGAGCACAAUUACAGCCUGUUGACGUCGAGCCCUCCACCGAGCCCCGCGACACCUGGUGCCAACCCCCAUACACCUAAUUCCGGGUCGUCCGUCGAUAGGGUUGACGCAUCUCUCUCUGCUACCAGUUCCUCCAUCGAUCCCACUAACCUAGAUCAUCACAAAUCGUUGGACAUUCGAACCAGAAUCGACGAUAGAUUGCGAGAUGUUGGUUUUACAGACAUGGAAGCGGAGUGUUUCCCAACGAUCUCGAUGAACCACGCGUCGGACAGCGACGAGUUACCAUCGUCGUCGUCCGCGUCGACUACCUCAACGAUUAUCCUGAAGGGAAGGAACAACCUAGUACCUGAAGACGUGGAGUGCAUAGAGAUCAAGGACGAGCCGAUCAGCGCUCCUAGCAGCCCCUCCGAACCCUGUCGAUCGGCCAUGGCCAAUGACAAGACCGCGAUAACCAUGGUGUUCCCUCAGAGUCUUCAUUUCCCCAAGAACCACGUGUCGCAGACGAGCGACAGCGAAGAGGACGACGAGGAAUAUUACGAGGUACUUUCUAUUUUCUUUGUUCAACACUUUUAUUUAAGUAUUAUUACUUUAAUAUUUCUUUAUUUACACGUUCUACGUUACCGUAACCGAAACCUAACCUAAAACUAAAUCUAACCUAAACUUCGUUCUACUCUACAUUCUGUUUUCUUUAGUCAAUAUUUUUAUUUUAAAUGUGCAUUUUAUAAAAACGUUUCCUUCAUAUAAAUGUUUGUGCUCUUCUAUAGUCUGUAAUUUAUUGUUCGAUGCUUCUUCCAUCUUUCUUCUUUCUACUCUCUUCAAUCUAGAAGAAAAGAAGCUUCUUUUGAUUGAUAAGAUGUUAUUAUGUUUCAUCAGAUUCCUUUGGACAAGUAAAUUUGAAGAACGACCUAACCUAACUAAACCUAAACUAAACCUAAUCUAAUCUAAACCUAACCUAAACCUCAUUCUACUCUACAUUCUAUUUUCUUUAUUCAAUAUAUUUGUAUUUUAAAUGUGCAUUUUAUAAAAAUGUUUCCUUCAUAUAAAUAUUUUAUAAAAACUCUGUGCUCUUCUAUAGUUUGUAAUUUGUUGUCCUAUGCUUCUUUCAUGUUUCUUCUUUCUAUUCUCCUCAAUAUAGAAGAAAAAAGCUUCUUUUGAUUAAUAAGACGUUGUUAUUAUAUCUCAUGAGAUUCCCUUGGACAAGUAAAUUUGAAGAACAACCUAACCUAAAACUAAAUCUAACUUAAUCUAAACCUAACCUAAACCUCAUUCUACUCUACAUUCUGUUUUCUUUAUUCAGUUUUCUUUGUUCAUUUAUAUUAAAUAUAUAAAUAUUUUAUAAAAGCUCUGUGCUCUUCUAUAGUCUGUAAUUUGUUGUCCUAUGCUUCUUUCAUGUUUCUUCUUUCUAUUCUCCUCAAUAUAGAAGAAAAAAGCUUCUUUUGAUUAAUAAGACGUUGUUAUUAUAUCUCAUGAGAUUCCCUUGGACAAGUAAAUUUGAAGAACAACCUAACCUAAAACUAAAUCUAACUUAAUCUAAACCUAACCUAAACCUCAUUCUACUCUACAUUCUGUUUUCUUUAUUCAGUUUUCUUUGUUCAUUUAUAUUAAAUAUAUAAAUAUUUUAUAAAAGCUCUGUGCUCUUCUAUAGUCUGUAA